AUGUCUCUUCGCAGACGUCUUCAAACAGGCGCUGAGCGCCACGGUUCACAAUCAUCUCCUGCACCAGACAGAUUCCGCCCCUCCAAUUCAAACGGAUCAAUCCCCUUCCCAGAAUACACUCCACCAACAUGUCCUCUCUCGGCCGAUGCGCAACGAGCCAUUUCUAACAUCCGCACUCUUCACAAUAACGCUAAGCUAAAGAAACAUCUUAAUCAAGCGAUCAAAAAUAUCACAGACACCACUGUUGCCAAUAAUGAUAGGAUAUGGGAGCGCAAGAGACAAGUGGAGAAAAAUGCGCGAAAGAGACAAAGGGAUGGAGAAGAUGAUGAGGAGAUUCCGGCGGAUCACAAAGAUUUGGAAAUCCAUACGAAGCAUUUGGCGAAGAAGGUCAAUAUCUGGACGGAGCAGGCGGAGUUGGCGAUGCGGGUCUUGAUUGAUAAGGGCGAUGAGGUGGAGAGGAAUGAUCUGGUUGUUAGGGAUGUUUGUGGUAAAUUGGCGGAGGCCAAUCCAGCUCCUCCAAUCCGAAGGACUAGGGUUCAAGAAGAUGAAGAGGAAGUAAAGCAAGAUGGAGUGGUUGUAAGUGCAGUAGAGUUACUGGAUCAAAUCAAGGAGGAGUAUAGGUCAAAAUAUGAGGCGGAAAGUAUGACAAAAAGAUACGCCUCCCAUAACGACUACAAGAGCUUCAAGCGUGUAGUUCACGACUCCCUUCAUCCAGACGGUGACCUACCCCUCCCCAAAGAAUCCACAUGGUUCCCCUCGGACCGCUCUCACCCAUCUACUCAAGCCAACAGACAAGCCGAAGAAGAAUCUUCGGAUGACGAGAUUGUUAUUGAACGAGUCGUCAAAGAUCUCAAAUGUCCACUCACAUUUGCAAUUUUCCGCUUCCCAUACACCAAUAAUAAGUGCAAUCACAGUUUUGAAAAAGAAGCAAUCAUCGAAUAUCAUGGGAAAAAUGCAACGAAUCAGGGUGGGAAAAGGGUGGUCAAAUGUCCGGCGAUUGGGUGUGAGAAUUUAAUUGCCAUGAAGGAUAUGUAUGAUGAUCAAUUGUUGUUGAGACAGGUUAAGAGGGCGACGCAGAGAGAAAGAAGUGAGGAUAGCGAUGACGAGGAUGAUGCUCCGAGAGGAACGCAAAGGAACAGACCCGAGGAAUUAGAUGACGAAAGUACAUUUUUGGAUGUCGAUGACGAAGAGAGGCGGCGAAGUGUAAAAAGGGAGAAAAUGAGUAGUAGGCCUCCACCUACUUUGACACAAGUUAGCACAGACGGCGAAGAUGAAGAUGACGAGGAUGAAUGA